AUGUCCGAAUCCCUGCAGAAGAAGACGUCUACGGAAACACAAGGAAAUCAAAUGUCGGUCAGUUCGGGCACCGCCCGCAGUAGAGCGGCGUCGCCAGCUACGUCAGCUCCACGUUCUGGAUACCUGACCCCUGGAAGCGUGGAGUCUCCGGCGACCCCGUCGUCCACACCGGCCCCAGAGACUCUCAUGACUGGCUUCGUCGGCCAUGACAACUGUGCUGACAUCCAGGAGAGCAUCCACGUCGUGCUGGGCCACGGGCCGUACCAACGCCGAGUCCUGCUGUGCAGCAUCAUGUCGGUGAUCGUGGCUGUCUUGCAGGCGCUGUCGGACCGACUUACCAGUCGGCCCGUGGACCACUGGUGCCGACCGCCGGAUGACCUGGGUGAACUGUCGGCCAACGCGUGGAAGAACAUGUCCAUCCCCGUCGAGUCUGAUGGCUCGUUCAGCAAGUGCACCAUGUACGACCCAGCCGUUGCGGACACUCCGGUGGCCAACAGGUCGACAGCGCCUUGCCAGGGCUGGCACUACGACAUCGCCAACCAAGGCGACAGCAUCGUCAGCCGCUUCGGCCUCAUCUGCGACCGCCAGUAUCUGCUCAACCUGGGAGUCGGUGUCUUCGUCAUUAUUUCCGGUCUAGUGACACCAGUGCUCGGGUUUGCGUCGGAUCGAGUGGGUCGAAGGCCCAUCACCGUGGGCUCCGUGAUCGUCCUGCUGGUUGGCACCGUUGGCAACAGCGUCGCCGGCACGUUCGCCUUCUACGUCUCCACAAGAACCGUGGUCCUGGCAACCGUGAACGCCGUCUUCAUGCUCAUUUUCAUCCUGCUCUACGAGGUGACCGGAAAAGAGUGGCGACUGAUGUUUACCAUCCUGGUCACGGCCGUGGGGGCCACCGUGGUACCUCCGUUCGUCGGUGCUCUCACCCUAUUAAAACCGCGCUGGGUGAUAUUGCACGGAGUCAUCAUCGUGCCCACGGCCAUCCUGGCGGCCUGCUGCUACCUGCUGCCAGAGUCGCCCGCCUGGCUCCUGGACACCUGGAACGUGCAGCGUGCUCAGGAAGGGCGUCCUGGAGGCAGCUGUCCUAACGGAUUGGACACCGCCAAGGCAGCGGCCACCUUUCGGGCAAUUCUCGUCCAACUGGUAAAGCUCGAUCAGAACCCCCACUCGUCAACGGAGCUCGUUGCCACUGACAGCCCCGUGCAGUUCGUGAAUAUGCGUCGCCGGGCGGCGUCGGUUUUCCUGGCCAGGCUGACGCUCAGCGCUGUGUACUACCCCCUGGUGGUGAAGGGGCGCUCCUCCGGCUAUUACUGGUUGGCGGUACAUGCGCUCCUGCUGACGGCGUCCUACGUGGCCGUCGGUUGGGUCAUCGUCAAGCGGGGACUCCGGAACACGCUGAUCGUACUGCUUGUCAUCGUGUGCGCCUUCUCCGCCUUCCAGACGCUGCUGAUGUCCGUCAGCGGUCUCCAGCUGGCCAUUCCUGUGGUGGACGUUGCUCUCAAGGUCGCCCUGUCGGGCGCCAUGAGCGUAAUUCUGUGCUACUCGGCCGAAGUGUUCCCCACGAGGAUCCGUUGUGCCGGCGUGAGUGCCUCGAUGUUCUUCGGUUCCGCCGGUUCGCUCCUGGGCUUCCUCGUGCAGGCGUUAAGCGGCCGCAAAACAGGCGUCUUGUUCCAUGCGACCGCAGCCAUCUUGAUCGCCUUGAGCGUCUUCGCGGUGCAGUGGCUUCCCGAGGUCCUCGUCGAGAAGCGGCAGGCGAAGCUUCACUCGGCACCCGUGAGCGCCCAGGAGCGCAAGGAAGCCCUCAAGCGGUCACUGGCGCUGCCAGUCGACGACGCCAAGAGGGGGAGACGGUGUAAAGAACAAAUGAAAACGCCGACCAAGUCACCGGCGUAG